UGGAGGACAAUCACUUGGGCCAGGGUGCUGGCUAUUGAAUCCUACUUCUGUGGAAAUAACUCCUAAAACAGAUGUUGGAAUUGGCCUUCUGGCACUGGUCUGCUACCCCUGGAGGAGAUGAGUCAACACUAGGAGCAUGGGAAAGCUGAGAGAAGAGGGAUUUGAGUGGAAGUCUGAGGAACCUGGCAUGGCUACUGAACUCUGAUUCCCUGGCUUGGCCAGCAAUGGUGCAGUCUCAAGGAGGCUGGCAAUGCCAGACCCAUUCAGUAAGCAACCAAUAAUUGCACUAUCUGCAAGCUCCAUAAUCAUUUUGAAGGCAGACUUAUUUCAAAGUGUUGAGCCAGAAAAUCAAACAUCAACAUUCCCAUCUUCCUGCCAGUGGGACUGGGUAGGGGUGUGACCUAGCAAAGGUUUACCAAGCCUCAGUCUCCCUUAACCCUGGGCUUGGACAAUGAAGUCCUUGGACACAAGCCUCUGAAAAAGAUUCAGGUGAAGUGAUGGUACUUUAGGAUGCUGUUCCCCCUGCCCCUGCGAGUCGCCUGCAGCCUGCUGGUCUGGCUCUCUCUCUACGCUUGGUUCUGCCGUCGCUACAGGCACCGGAAUUACGAGUGGAGCUGCAGGCUGGUCACACUGACCCAUGGCAUCCUUGCUACCUGUCUUUCUGCUUACAUUGGCUUUAUUGAUGGCCCCUGGCCUCUGAGUCACCCAGGAUCACCAAACACAACUCUUCAGGUACACGUGCUGUGCCUUAGCUUGGGCUACUUCCUCUUCGACCUUUGCUGGUGUGUGUACUUCCAGGCAGAGGGUGCCCUGAUGCUGGCCCACCAUCUGGUGAGCAUCGUGGGCAUCACAGCCUCGCUGGCCCUGGGGGAGUCAGCUGCAGAGGUCAAUGCUGUCAUCUUUGGGAGUGAGAUCACCAACCCGCUGCUGCAGGCCCGCUGGUUCCUGAAGGAGAUGGGGUGUUACCACAGCUUCACGGGCGACCUGGUGGAUUUCUUCUUUGUGGUCCUCUUCACUGGGGUGAGGAUUGGAGUGGGGGCCUGGCUGAUGUACUGUGAGCUUGCUUCUCCCAAGCCCAGGUGGUACAUUAAGCUGGGGGGUGUCAUCAUGUACGCAGUCUCCUGGGUCUUCAUGGUCAGCAUCUGUCGCUUCGCCCGGAGGAAGAGCAUGAAGAAGUACCAUGCUUGGAGGAGUCGAAGGAGUGAGGAGUUAUUCUUGAAAACUAAUGGACACCUGAAAAGCCACUGACUGGAUGCUGAGGAAAGACUUCCUCGAGAUCACUGGCUGGCAAGGAGGGGAUGGUGCCUGAAAUGCCACUGUCGGGAGAGGAGCCAAUGCACGUUAGCGAUUCUGGAGCCAAAUUUAUCCCUGGAGUAACUCCAUGGAAAUCCGUGGAGCUAUGCCAUGGAUUCACUGGACCUGCAGUGCUUGGCCUGGCAGAGGCUGGCUCAGUGUGUAUGUCAGGAUAUGUUAAAUGAUAGGAGUGAGAAAAGGGCUAAUUUUACAGACUAAACAGAACUAGUCCAGCAGUGCAGGUGUAAAUAGUAAUGUUCGUAGCUAACUAAUUCAGCACUGGAUCUUGGAACAGAAGGGAAGAUAACACUAGAUCUUCAUGUUCAGUGUCCUGUACAGUCUAGACAGCUAGAGUGACUCUUCACACUGUUAGGGAGAAGCAUGUUCUAGUGUUUCAUCCGAGUUGGGAUUCCCGGCUCUUCCACCAACUUGUUGCGUGACCUUGGGCAAGUCACGUCACUCUAACUCUGUGCCUAAUAUCCCCAUCUGUGAACUGGGGGGAUGGAGCUGAGCCAUCUGUGUUAUGCACUUUCAGAUCUUUACUUGAGAGGUGCUAUCUGACUGCAGAACGAUGGUUGUUACCUGCACUUUGUUCAUUAUCCCUGCAUCUCCUUUGGGAGAAACGAUUUUGGUGGUUGAGCUAGAGUGUGACUCUAGGAAGGACAUUCUUUUAGGUAGGUCGUUGUUUUGCACCCUUUCUAAUUCCUUUUAAUAACUUAUUUAAUAAGGUAUUGAUAACUUAUUUUUCAGUAGUGUCCAGAAGCUCUAAUCAGCACUGGCACCUUGCAGGACUAGGUGCUCUGUGAACACACCCAAAGACACAACCCCCAGUGUGAAACAAUUCUGAUUUUUUGCCCCUCUUUUUAAUCCCUUGCUGUUAAAUCCCCACCCAGCCCCUCCAAAUACUGCUUUUUAGCUCCCCCUUGAGCCACCAACACUCUCCAUUGUGAGAAGCCCCAUCAAGACUCUCCAGUAAGUGGUUUUCUGGCUGGUAGACCCUGUUUGCUUUUUUUUUGCAGAAUGCCAAAAUUCCCUCUGCUGUGCUUCUUGGCCCAAACGCAGGCAGAGCGUGGAGCCAGCCUGAGACCAAACAGCAUGUCUUGAGAUUGUCAAGUACUUUAUCCAAGCUGUAAGUAACUUUUAAAAAUAAGAACAGCAAAUGCAGAGAGUGUUUUACUGCAGCAAUCUGCAAACUCUCUGGACUUGCUGUUUUUUGGCAAUCUGAAGGGAGCAGGGGUCAGAACCUGAUUUGUAGGGAAGACUCUGUGUUUCUGCUGCCCUUGAAGGUGUCAACCCCAGUUCAGCUCAGUGCAUCUGAACCCAGAGUCUGCCACAGUGUCUGGGGGUAGUGGGGCACUGCAGGGGAAAAUGGUGGAAAUGAUGGAAAAGCUGGAAAAAGGUGGUUGAAAGCCACUUGAAACUGGCAUUGAUGUUUUUCCCCAGGACCCUAGAUACCACUUUUGACAGGAGGGUUUCCUCAGAUGCACAUUGGGAUUUCUGGUUGAAGAGUGACCAGUGUGCAUCUUCAGAAUGUGGUGGCUGAGAUGGGGAGAGUUACCUGUUCAAGCCAGAGGCCUGACCUUGGCUUUCCUUCAUCUGAAUUGAUGCCUUGACCCCUGGGCUUUGAAUUCACUUCUGUCUCCCUGCUUGGAUCUGGCUCACUUUAUGAAGAUGAGCAUUUAUAGGGUAAGAGAGACUUCUCUUACAGCCUGUGUAAUUAGUGAAGUGAGAGGCACAGAAUCUGGACUUUCUAAAGCCAAAAAAAAAAAAAAAAAAAGAGCAAACCUAACUGGGAGAAAAUCUAAGUGUUACUUAUCUGGUUCCAUUUGCAGAGGAAAAAUAGUGUCCCCCAGUUGGCAGCUUCUGGUGUUUAUUUCACUGCAUGUUCUUAGCACUGUUCCAUUGGUAUUGCUGUCAUUAUUAUGAUCAUUUUGAGCCUCAGCACCACCAGUGCAGCUCAGGUGCCAGUUCUGCUGUCAGCCUCGCCUGUUGCAGCCAAAGACCUGCAGAGCCCAAAGCACUUCAGAUUAGCAGAGCCCACUGGUGGCUGAGCUGGUUCUGAAAAGGAAACUUGACUCAUUCAGCACAGCACAGUGAGAGAUUCUUGAGCCUUGAAGGGCCACAAGAAGGGCUACUUGGGGCUCGCUGGUUCUUCCCCAGCUCUGCUGCUGCCAGGCAUGUCAAGGACCCUUUUUUGCCUCAGCUUACCCACUUUAUUUAGUGGGUGCAGUAUUACCUACCUCGUGGGGUGUUGUCAUUUAACACCAAGCCACCUUGGAAUGCUUUAGGGGCUGUGUCAGUCUGGGCUGGAUAAAGACAAAAUGCUGUUGCUUUGAGUGAAGCACUUGUCACCAUCAUCAGCACUUUGUCCCUGGAACAUGGCACUUCCCAGCCUCUGGCUUGCUUCCCAAAAGCAGGAGUCCAGGGUGUUUUGCAGUGGUGCUGGUGGGUGGGAGUCAAAAGGAGUAAGUAAGCCAGACAGGUGCAUCAAGGUCAGCCAUCCUGCUGCUUCUUCAGGUGGAUUCCCAGGUUGAAGAAAGGAUGUCUGGUGGGUUUUCCCUAAGGAUUGCAGUAAACCUGGAGCCAAAAGAGUUUCAGCAGCCAACCUGCCCAGGGAAUAAGGGCUUUCAGCAGCAGGUCCUGAAGAAAUGUAAGUGAAGACAGCCUGUUAAUUUCCCAGUGCAGCUGUUGACUUGCCCACUAAGGAGAGUUUCCUGAGCAGUGCUGAUGAUUUGGACUCUGAGGUCUGGUGUGCAGCUGGGUGCAUGGUUACAGCCCUGGCCUGCCCGAGGGUGUCAGUGACUGCAGGUUUCUGUGGAACCCCUCAUGUGAAGGUGUUUUGGAAGUUAAGGCACUUUUAAUGGCUGAGUGGUCCUCAUCUUUGAACUGGGGGGAAACUUGGUUGGAAGAAGUAGAGCACUGUGAUCAAUUUUGAGGCUUUAGAAGUUCAACAAGAGCACCAGAAAACAAAAGAGCAAUUAGGAACAGCUUAAUGAGGUAGAGCUAGCAACCAUGUCUCAGAGCAAGGCUUAGUCCAUCUAGUGAGGUCCAGUUUAGAAUCACAGACCCAGAAGAAAUGCAGCUUUCAAUGGAGCACAGGGUGGGACCUGUCCUCAGGCUAGUCCAUAGUGGCUAGAGAAACUGUAACAGGGAACUGCAGAACUAGUGUGAAAUAAUAACUUGUGUUUGAAUUACUGUGUAAUAGCAACUAAUGUUCCACCAGUGAGUGGUGUAGAUGCUUUAUAUGAUGUUUUAUAAAAUAAAGAUUAUUUAAUUAUA